CGCUCUUGGCGGUGAACCUGUGCGGCGAGUACGUGGCUGUCCGACUUACUGAGAUGAGAACCUCGUCGACUGCCAGUGUGAUGUGGAUUGUUCCUUCGCUAACUGUACUGCUUCUUCUUGAAGCUGGGCUGCUCGCCAAAUCUAUUCCCGCACCGAACUGGGAUGGAAAGGACCACUCUGAAAUUCUCAAAGACCUGGUGCUGAACUACGAAGAUCAUACCCGUGACCCACGGGAGAAUACUGAAUGCAGUGCCAAUGCUAGCUACACUGGCCAGUGUAACCUGGACUGCCAGUGUGUGGAUGGCAAGUGGAAAUGCUGUCGACUCAGGAAGAGUGUGAACAACCUAUCUCAGGAAGAAAAAGACCGCUUCAGCCAGGCAUUUUUGACAGCCGCCACCAAUGAGAUCUAUAAACCCGCAAUGACCUCCCUGAUCUGGUCGCAUGCCGUGUUCGCCUGCUACGUAGUGGCCAGAGAGGCGUACAUCUACAAUACCGAAGUGUCUUAUCAUAACCUGAUUGUGUUUGCGCUGGAGAACCUGCUACGCCUGAUAGACUGUCACGUGACUGUGCCGUAUUGGGACAUAUCUAUAGACUACGACAAAAGUUACUUUGAGCAACUGCCAGAAGGAUUUGGGGGAACAGGAGUUCCCCCGGACUACUGCGUAAUGGACGGACCAUUCAGAAAAGAUAACUUCAAAGUGCCAAAGUUCGUGUACAACGGUACUGAACUUCCCUACUCGGACUGCUUGGUGCGGAACGUGUCUUCCACCUUCUACCCUACGUCUAACAUGCAAUUCAGUACGCUGCUAGCUGUGCCUCCGGAGAGUUCGGUGGCGGUGGAAUCAGGAUUAUUUGAAACAUUCGAUGCCAACUUCCAUCUGGCGUUCCGUGGCUCGUUCAAGGGACUCAUCCCAGGCCUGGAUCCACUAUUCUAUAUGAUACACAACUUCAUCAACAAGAUCAUGGCCAAUUACCAGAUGCAAGGCCCCGAGCAUUUAACUGGUGACGGAAGGUGGAGCAAUCACGUCCCACUAUCAACCUUUCCUUGGUUCGACGGAAAGUCCUUCCUCGACUGUCAGAACUUUCCGAACGAAGUCUGUGUCAAAUGGGAUGCCGCGUUGGAUGAGGACCGGGCAGUGCAGAUGAACUACUAUGCCGGACUUGAAGUGCCACGCACGCAUCACAUCGUAGUCCCAUAUGAGACUAUACGGUUGAUGGAUAUUGAUAAGAAGGCUCAGACAGACUUCAAAAAGUUGCUCGCUUUGUUGAAGAAGAAAUACAGCACCUUUUCUUUUGACAGUAACGGAAUACGAGUUGGACCUGGAUGGGAAAAGGAUUUCGAAGCGGGAUUCUUCUCCUUGAAGAAUGACCCCACGCCGAAAAAGUGUCAGGCCUACGAGAAUAUGGACCCGAAUUUUAUACACACGAACAGUUCUUCGUCGCUUGUGGAGCUGGUUUACGGAGAUCCUAAGUCCGGAGUCAAUAACGAUGGGAAACAAUGACCUUGGUCUAGGAUGCUAGAAAUCAACUGAUACUGUGGCCAAUGUUUUGCUGAAUUCCUCUUCAAUAAUCAGUCCUUCCAUUUAUUUGAAAGACGGCGAGGAGAUGACCCCUAUACCCCUCAUUUUGUGUUAACUUUUUUUCCCUUCGUCCCCGUAUGGUGCUUUUUGACCCCAAUAAAAUAUUUUGCUGGGUAGCUAAUACUAGCCAUGCAGCCAUGAUCUUGUGUUUCCGUACACAUAAUUAUGCCAUUGCUUCCAACAAGCUGCUUUCAUUGGAAGAAAAUUGAAGUGUGGCUUGAAGGAGGCAUGAAACCCCGCAAUUGUACAUUUGCAAUAUACUAUGAUCUCGACAUGUCUGUGUCACAUGCACGGACCUCUGAGUCACUCCGCGCGUGCUGGUCAUUGCACAGUGUAGUGGUGUAGUUGCUAUGCAUGACUUGAUAAGUGGUAAAAUGUGGAAAAAGCAAAGUGUCGAACUGUCA